CGUGAACAUGAAGCUACCUUGACGCAGACGAAACCUAGACGCUGCGUAAGUUCCAGUGAAGGGAUGAAGUAUUAUUUAUAACUCCCACCCGGCCCCCGCUGCCCAGAGGGCUUGCUUGCGGAGGCGACGACCGGAGGAGGAGGAGGAGAAGGAGGGUGGGCAGGCUGGCGGGCGGGAGAGUGGAGACCAUGGACCUGAGCGAGAGGAGGCCCAACAAGUGGUGGACCGAGACGGACACCUUCACCAUGCUGGCCCUCAUCGAGGAGCUGGACCUCGUGCGCGAGCUGGACAAGAAGCGCCAGCGCAACGACUCGCACUUCCGCCGCCUGCGCCACAGCCUGGCCAAGCGCAACAUCCACUUCACCGUCAACCAGAUCCGCAACCGCUGGAAGAGCCUCAAGCACAAGUACCGCAAGAUCAAGACGGCCGGCUACCGCAGCGCCGCCGCCAGGCUCUCGGCCAUCGAGUCCUUCCGCUACUUCAAGAAGCUGGACCGCAUGCUGGCCAGGAGGCCCAAGGGGCCCGGCCAGCUGGACGGAGUGGGGGAUGGAAAUCUGGUGGUGCUGUCUACGUCCGAGCUGGAGGAUCACACCGACAGUGAUGUUCCUCACCCCUGCUCUGCAGUCGCCUGGGAAAACUUUACCAGCAGGAUGGAGGGGGACAGUGAGGAUAGCAAGGAGCAUCGGGGAGAGCCCACGGACUUUGCCCCUGCCCCCUGGGACACGGGAGAGGAGGUGGUGACCUUGGGGCUGUCGGGGGAGUACCUGUAUCCAGUGAAAACCGAACCACACUCACUGCCUUCUGCGCAUAGCCGAGAUCCCACCGGAGAUCCUACCUGUCCCAGAGCCUCUCCGGGGACCUGUGAGGACAUCAGCACUCUGAUUCUGCAGCAGCUCACCAUUCUCAACCACCGGCUGGGGGAGCAGCUGGCUGAGCAGAGGGCCUUUCACUGCAGCAUGCUGGGGCUGAUGGACCGCCAGAUCGAGGUCCUGCAGCAGCUCUCCAACGCCACCCGGCCCUCCGCCAAGGAGGGAGAGAGGGAGAGGGACUCCUCCACCAGCCAGCAGGUCCACGACGCCCUGGUGCACAUCCUGCGGGGCGUGGAGCAGGCCCGGGCCCAGGGCCUGGUGCCCAGCCCCUCCAAAACCCCAGAGCCCGAGUCCGCCCUCCCCUCCUGGACGGUCUCGCUCCUCGAGGUGCACCAGGGCUUGCCCCCCGCCAGCGAGAACUCGGCCGGCGCCGCGGCUCCAGCGCCGCAGCCCCAGCACGAGGGCCGGCCAGACCCGCCUGGGGCCCCCCUCCCCGAGCAGCCGCCACCUUCCCCCCGCCGCGGGGUGCUGCUUAAGGGGCUCUCCAUCAGCUGCCAGAACAAGUGAGCCGGAGGCCAGAGCCGGCCAGCCACACUGGGAAUUCCAAGAAGCAACGCGGAGAAGAAGAAAAGCUUUCAAUUGGGAAAGGGGAGAAAAUUGAUGCUUUUUUCGAUUGUUGGGGAUCAUAACGUUAGUAUCCAGAAAUUCCUGGCCAACCUCUGUUCGUUAGUCAUUCAGAAGGCUUCUCCUACUGUGGCUGCUGCCAGGCUUGGCUCGUAGGGCACUCCGAGUUUGACCUUUCCCAUUCACCACCAGCACACCACAGCACGCUAUGCUGACUUCAGUAUCCACCUCUGCAGGAUGUGAUCUUCACUGGUGCUCCUGAGAGCUGGCAGACCUAGGGGGGUGUCACAGUUCUUGGCCUUUUGCCACUGAACAGCCUGUAAGGAAGGACCACAUUUAACAUGUUUUUUGUACGCUUCAUCAGAACCGCAGAAUCAGAUAGUUCCUUCCUAGUUUUUGCUUUUGAAAAUGGAGUAGAAGGGGUCUGAGACGUCAAAGAACUAAAUCACUAUGGCACAGGGGGACCCAAACUCUUCAGAAAGAUAUACAGAUAUGUCUCUUUGACUGAGAGAGUGUUGUUUUGGGCAAGAAAGAAUCUGCAGACUCCUACUGAGCACCAGCACACAGACUCCCUCAGAGCCUAAUGGAUUGUGCACACUGUAAGUAACUCUACAGUGAAGUAACUGUCUUUCCAAUCAACCCAAGCCAACAGCAGGCUGAGAGGAGGCUGUUUGUGUUAAUGAUGGAAACACACACUCCUCUACCAACCAGGGAACACUGAACUCGAGUCGGCUGCUUCGCAGGUCAAGUCUGUCAUUCUGUUUAACCCGGAUUGGAUCUCUUCAGGACAUAUAUAGCAUGGCUCAACGGCGCUGCCUUGCAGAACGGAGUUGAAUUUUGUUCGCAGCACAAGACCAGGGCUCAUUGCACUCGGCCCAGCCCAGUGGAAUCCUGUCUGGCCGUGCGACUUCUAAGCUUGAAUCCCAGAGCAAGCCGAGCUAAUUCACCAUGUUGGGAAACCUGUUUGACCAGCUUUACAGCUAAUAGUUUUUCCACUUGUUUGUGUUUUUUGCGCAACAAAGAUGUUCAAGUGUUUCUUGCUCAUUUUCAGUCAUUAUGCUGAUAUUUAGUUAUGUUUUCUGCUGUAGGGGUACCGUGGACAAUACUCUGCUUUCAGCCACAGGACUGAAUUUUCUAUAGUCAUGAAAGGAAGUAACAUCCUUAGAUCCUUCCAGUGAGUGUCUUUGGCAUUUCAAGAAUUUCAGCACAUAGUAUCAAAAGCAAAAAACAUGGAUAUUCUGUGAGCAAAGGAGAAUGGAAUAUUAAUUUAAUUUGUGAUGAGUUGCACCUUCCAAUUUUUUUAAUUAAAAGCAUAAGUAGC